AUGCCAGUCCUCCGCUUCGUGGGUGUCGUGGGCGCUUUGGCCUUCAUCCGAUCCGACAUGCGGGCCAGCGGAUGGCGGCCAGUAGCCCUGCUUUUCGUGGCAGGCAAGUGCAGUGAACAUGAACGAAAAUUGCGUCCAAUAGUGGAUUGCAGGCGGUUCGGGGGGCCAGUGCCGGCAGGCGCCGCGGAUGCCCAACGAGAAACAGCGCUGUUUCUUAUUCCUGGAUCGCGCCGAUGGCUGUGCGCUGAAUUCCCGGCGGGCGCCGCCGCGGCGGCCGCUUCAGACCGUGUGCUGCUGCGAUUCAAGGCCAGCGCAGAGGUCAGCGCCUCGGCUGCGCUCCCAGGCGUGGUGCUGACGGGAGUGGUGGGCGUGGGCAGAGGGGGAGCCGCCGCCGCCGUGUCAUCUGGGGCACGGCCGCCGCCGGGCGCCGUGUAUGUGUUCCGCAUCAGCGACGGCAGCCGCGUGGCCGCCAAGGUGGCGCAGCUGAGCCGCCACCCGCUGGUUGAUGUGGCAGAGCCAGACUACAUCCUGAUGAACCCCCCCGUGGGGGAAGCUGGCGACGAGCAGCCGAUGCCGGGGGUAGCCGACAGCGGCGGCGCCGACCCAGGGCAGGCGGCACCAUUCGCUGCUGGGGCCGGCCAGGCGCGGGUGCCCGACGACCCACGCUUCCAGCCGGGGCUGCGCUACUCGGGGCAGUGGUACCUGCAGCAGAUCAGGGCGCCCUCGGCCUGGGGCCUCUCCACUGGCUCCAAGCAGGCGGGCGUGUGCAUCAUUGACACCGGGGCAAGGGCCAAGCAUGUGGAUCUCAAGGGAAACAUUGUGGCUGGGUGGAACCGGGCACAGGAGCCCGUGGGCGACUCUGAAGUCGAGACAUAUCCCAUGCCGACACCCGGAUCCCCGCAAUACUUCAACAUCGCAGACGAGAAUGGCCACGGCUCCAACGUCGCUGGCAUCCUGGCGGCCUCCGGAAACAACCUGGCUGGCAUCACCGGCGGAGCCUGGAACGCGGGGUUGCACAUCUGCAAGGCGGGCAACCGGCUCGGCCUUUUUUUCAUGUCCAGCAUCCUCGACUGCUUCAGCCUGUGCCGGCAGGCUGGCGUGCGCGUCAUGUCCGCCUCUUUCACCUCCACCCGUCACUCCGAAUUGAUGGACGAUGCGAUGUACACCAUCUAUCAGGACGGUAUCCUGUUUGUGGCGGCGGCAGGCAACGACAACAAGAGCACCGAUAGCGGGGGCGUUUAUCCCGCCAACGUUUUGCAUUCAAACAUCCUAUCAGUUGGAAGUACCCGCGCCGACGGCAGGCGCGCCUUCUUCUCCAACUUUGGCCGCCGCACGGUGCACCUCAUGGCGCCUGGCGUCAACGUGUGGGGCGCCAGUCACACGAGCAACACGCGCUACGCCACGCUCUCGGGCACCAGCCAAUCCACGCCGCUGGUGGCGGCGGCCGCGGCGCUCAUGUUUGCUGCCAAGCCCGAGGCCACCUACUCACUUGUCAGGAAAACGCUCCUCGGGUCUGUGGACAAGCUGCCAGCGCUGAGCAGAGCGGCGGCAAGCGGCGGCAGGCUGAACGCGGCACGUGCGCUGGCGAUGCUGCUGGGCACACGCCCCCCGCCCCCGCCGCCCCCCUACCAAUACACCUGGGUGGAGGAGCGUUCCGUGCAGUACCAGAUCCGCCUGAUGUACGAGCAAUUCAGGGUGUACAACGCCACCGCCAAGGCCUGCAUCGCCAGCUGUAAGGCCACCAGCUGGUGCCACUAUGCCACCGCCACCACCCAGCCCAAGGAGUAUCCCAAGGUGUGGUACCGCACCCCGCGCCCCUACGGGAAUUGCAGCCAUGCCGACAUCUCUGCCGUGGUCCUGGGCACCGGCAGGCGGGUUGGGGCCAUUGAGCCGCCGCGGCGUUCCCUGUGGCGCCGUGCAUGCCGCGCCUCGCGCUUCCGGUCGGCGCUGCGCGACACCUUCAACCGCCAGCCGCGCCCUGCCAGAUCAGGUGACUGCCACGACUACCUCCGCAACCAGACCAUGGUGUUCAGGUGGUAUUCGGGGGAUGCUGUGGGCAUCCUGACUGCCACCUCCAAGGGCCACAUGGUGAGAGGCAUCGCCCUCGUGUCUGUCCUUUCCUCCAACCAGCCCUCAGGGGGGCCCUACAAAUGCCUGGACGCCGACUCCAUGUCUGACGGCUACUCCUCCCUCGUGGCAGACUCCUUCAGCGUCAGCGUGCCCUACAAGGCACGCACCUGGUACUUUGUGGCGGUGGCACCCAUGCCCAACCCACUGCUGCCCAUCCUGCGCCUGGAGGUCAGGGCGGAGCCACGCUCACCGCCCCCCAGCCCCCCACCGCCGUCUCCGCCACCUCGGCCACCUCUGCCGCCGUCGCCGCCGCGUGUCGGCCCCUGGCUGUCCCCAAUUGACGUGACCUCUCUGCCCUACCUGAGCCCAAAGUUCACGAAGUUUGAGAGCGGUGCCCUGCCGGCCAAGUGUGCAUUCCUGGCCAGCAAGAGCGUGGUGUUCAGGUGGUAUUCUGGCAGCGAUGGCCCCGGCAAGCUGCUGGCCUCCUCCUGCGGCUACACGCCCAGCGGCAGCGUGCAAGUCGCCAUCCUGUCGUCCACAACACCAACCGGGCCUCUGAGCUGUGUGGGAGGCGCCGACGAGGACGAGCGCUGCCUCAGCGAGUACGCCUUCAGGGCGCUCAUCACCUACUCCCCCAACACCUACUACUGGUUUGCGGUGUCAAAAUCAACGUACAUCGACGACCCGCCGGCCUUCCAGCUGAGCCUGCGCUGA